CUGAGUAUGACUGUAAUCCUGCGCCCUAUUUUAUAUUAUUUUAUUUUAUUUGCAAUUUUUAACUGUGUAGGGUCUAGUGUCUAGACACUUGACUAACUCUAAAAGUUGAUGGCGGGCAGCUUGGUAGUAGGUCCAUGCUGACACCGUUAAUGGUCAUAUAAUGGGCAAUAAAAGUCAUAGCCUUGGACAAUGUUUACAAUGUGUCUAGCCUACACCUGUCAUGUUUAUCACUCUCAAUCAUGUCAAUGCUAUAUGUAGAGAGCAGCCUGUUUGAACCUCAAUAAAGUAAAGGCAUACCUUUUACAUCUCUCUCAAACUAGCAUUACUUUGUAAAGUGUGGCUUGAAUGUAAUGUAGUCUAUGUAGAUCUGGUCUAGUGGUAUGAAUAAUAAUAAUAUAUUAAUUUGUAAAGCACAAUAAUGUACCACUCUUAUCUUCAUACAGUCCUUCACCUAAAUUUCUCCCACUUCCAUGAUCUAAACAGAUUACUAGACUAUACACUGGCCCCAUUAACUCCUCAUUUUAUUGACCAUUAAUGACCAACCCAGAGAGUUAACUUCAAGGAACCACAUUACAAGAACUAUGACCCAAGUCACUGACACUGCACUCUCCAUUGCCACUCCCCAUAAUACUAUUCCAUAUAGCAACCCUAAUAGACAGUUGACCAUAGACCAAUCAUAAGCAUGUUUAAGUCACCCAUCCCUCAUUGUUCUACUCUGCAAAAACACGACACUACAUGUAGUAUCAGGUGUAGAUGAGAGAAAUAUUAAUUUUUGUGUAAUUUUAUUUGAAAUUCAGGUCACCAUGGAGACGGCAGUGUCACCUUUGACGACACACAAGUGUGAAGAGUGUGGACUAGUGUUCUCCACAAAGUCCAAUCUGACGAGGCAUGUGAGGAUACAUGGAGACAAGGCACACCAUUGCUCUACUUGUGGCAAAGAGUUCACGCUGAAGCAAAACCUGGACCGCCACACCAAGGUGCACGUGCAUCCAAAGAUCCCUCAUUAUAAGAGUGGUGAGGCUCUCCUCCAAUGCACCAGUGCUGCCAAGGCUGUAAGCUCCACUGAGGACAAGACUGAAGUCGACCCAAUCUGGCAGGAUGUGUCGACAGCAGAAAAGGAGGCCAAGAGAUUGGGAAAGGAGCUGUGGUGUGCCAACAUCGUCCUGAGCUUUGGCAAAUAUGCAGGGCAGCACUUCAAGUGGCUGCUGGAGAACGACGUUGGAUACGUCGUGUGGCUCCUUGACGAGUUUAAGGCCGCCGGAGAAAGCAUACCGGUCCUGAGGUGGCAGAAGGAACGCCUGCUGGAGCUUGUGGAGGCAUUCCCCAGCAUCAUGGUGCACAUUCACAAACGUGAAAAGAAACGCAAAGAAAAGCAACAGCUGCAAACAGAUUACGUCGAAGAUGCAGAGCUCUUGGCCCUUGCAGGUAUGUUUGACAUGAGCAUAGCGUGUGUGUGUGUGUGUUUAUGUAGGUGUGCGUUUACGUCUACACAUUUGUAAAGG